ACUUUUUUUUUUUUUUUAACUUCUGCUUGGAGGGACUGGGCAGACCCCUCGCGCAAAUUAGCGAGAGGGGCGGGGGGGGUGAAGGAGGCGACCAGGUAGCACAGCAAUACUCCGCCACUGUUGGAAAACUGUGUUUCCUUGUGUGGAGGCAGGGAAGAAGCUCGUUUUUGGUCGGGGAUAUGGCGUUGACUCUGCUAAGCGAAGGGUCCGUGGCUGAAGCGGCGGGGGGACCGGCCGAGGAAGUGGAGGGGAAAGUAGCGGCAGCAGCCACCACGCUGGAAACGCCUGGCUGCUCCGGGGCAGGUGCUCGUUACGAACAGGGAAGCCGCUCUGGGUCCAGCUGCGGAGGCAACGAAGAGAUGGAGGAUGAGGAAGAGGUGAUGGAGGAAGGGACUGCAGGAGGGGGAGCCGCAGCUCUCUUCGGAGGAUUUGGCACCGAGGAGGGCGAAAUGGAUUGCGACGAGGAGGACGAGCGCAUGAUUAAUCUUUCUGAACUGGUACCGUAUAUCAUGUGUUCCAUCUGCAAGGGGUAUUUCAUAGAUGCCACAACCAUCACAGAAUGUCUUCACACAUUUUGUAAAAGCUGCAUAGUAAGACAUUUUUACUACAGUAACAGAUGUCCAAAAUGCAACAUUGUAGUACAUCAGACACAGCCGCUUUAUAAUAUCAGACUGGAUCGACAAUUGCAAGACAUAGUAUAUAAAUUAGUUGUCAACUUGGAAGAAAGAGAAAAAAAAAGAAUGCAUGAUUUCUACAGGGAAAGAGGUUUAGAAAUACCCAAACUUGCUGUACCCCAGCCAAUGGCAGCGAGCAGGGGGAGGUCCCGCAAGGUUGUAGGAUCUGUAUUCCGUAUUCCUCCAGAACUUGACAUGUCACUUCUUCUGGAAUUUAUUGGAGCAAAUGAUCUCUCCGGGAAUUUUAAGCCACUGGAAAAGAAGUUUGUACGUGUUUCUGGAGAGGCAACAAUUGGACAUGUGGAAAAAUUCCUCAGAAGAAAGAUGGAUCUUGAUCCUGGCUGUCAGGUUGACAUAAUAUGUGGUGAUCACUUGCUGGAACAGUAUCAGACUCUAAGGGAAAUCCAAAAUGCUCUAGGGAAGAGUGCAGUGCAGGAUGGGUUACUUAUACUUCAUUAUGGACUGAUUCUUAGUGGAGAUUCCACAUUUUCAAAAAUCUCUUAAAUUUUCAGAAGAUGUUUGAAAGAACAAAACUUCAUGGGAGAACUGCAGCAAAAAAAAAAAGCAUUUUAUUUAAAUGAAUCUAAAGAAAUGCACUGUGUUUGCUCUGCAUAAUAAUUAAGGAAGUGAUUUAAAGCAGUGAGAAAAACAAACAAUUGUACCAGUAAGUAAGCUAUAAAUACUUCAGUGCUCUUGUAUCAUCAGCGCCUAGCUCAGGGAAGAAGCAUAUCAACAUAACAGAAUUCAUUCUAAAUAUGUAGGUCUUGCGGCAUUCAUGACUAAUCCAUGGGCAGUGUUGUAUUUGAGACUACAAUUUAUCCAAAAGUCUUUAAGUAUAUUUGCAGUACAGUUCUCAGGGAUGAUCUCUUUGACCACAAUGUCUUAUUGGGAGAAACAUGCAUUAUUCAUAGGGGCAUUUGAAUUUUAUUUUAGUCAGUUGAGAAAUAAAAUGACUUUUAGAUUUUUCCCUAGAAAUAAAAUGGAGCUAAUCACCCUUUACAAAUUGCAAGCAUUUCUAUCUCAUGCCUUAUAUGAAAAAUAUUGAAAUAUAUAAUACUACCAAAUACUACAACAGGAAAGGAAAUAAAGCUAUGUUGCCUAUAGAUCAUCACUUGUUGAAUAGCAAUGUAAAUGUAAAAGUAGAUGAGACAAUGAAUUGGGCUGCAUUGGAACAGGUGUUCCACUGUUGUUUAUACCCCCAAGGUCAGUGGAAAAAUAAAUGGACCAUAUGCUUUCCAAAUGUUUAAAACAGUAAACUUGUUCCCCAGGUAAUAAAUGUGCACUUAAAUAAUAAAUUAUGAGCUGGCUGAAUGGUAGCAAUAAAAUAACAGAGCCAGAAUUGGUCUUAUUAAAAUAUGAAUUUGAUUAGUUUACAGCUAAUAUAUUAAAAUGAUAAAAAAUGAAAUACAUCAGAUAUAAGAAAAAAAGCCAUAGAAGCACUCAGCACAAGAAGGAUAUGGCAGGAUUAUUGAAGAGCAGUGAGAAAUUGUUAAUGAUUUUGACUGGAUUUUUUAAAAUUAAAAACUAAUUCCAGUUGCAGCAACAUAAGCUUGCUGGGACAAAUGGGUGAAAUACAAAUAUUAAUUUUUUUGCUUCCCCCAUACAAGAACUCAAAUUCUUAAAGAGUGAAAUAAUAUGGUGUUUGUUACUUUUUUUAAGUUGAUUGAGUAAAUAAAUUAGUUCAUGCUACCUCAGUUUGUAAAAAUAUCAAUAUUACAAAAUUUGUUAAAAGCACACAAUUGGAAUUAAUGCAGAAAAACAGACAGAAAACUGUCAGAAAAAGUAGCAUAACUUUCGUAGUGAGAAAUCUGCAUUGCCAAGGAGAAAUUUUUCUGGAGUGCCAACUAGGGAUGCUGCAUUAGAUAUAUUUGAAUAUCUAAGUAGGCACAGAGUCAGAAAGUUAAUGUAAGUUUUCAAUAUGCUACUUUGUUUACUUUGUGGCAAAGAUUGUUAUUGUCACAGAGGAUUGUCACAAAUGAAGCAUUAAGUUCAUGGAGAGAAGUAUGGAGUGCUUUUUUCUAAUAAUCAACAUAUUUAUUACUGAUAUGUAAUGUACCCACAAACGUUCAAGCUUUGGUUGAGCAGUAUAGUGGCCAAGUUCUGGUCAUUAUCAAAUUCAGUUUGAGUUUCUGCAUGUAUUAUUUAUAGAGCUGAAAUUUAUACAGAAAAUGUUAACUAUAAAAAGCAAGAGUUGAUACAUCAAUUCUGAACAGAAAACUGCAUUGUAUGGAUAUUUCAUUUAAAGAAAGCGAGGCAUUUCAGAGGGAAGUCAUAUGAAGAAAACAAUUGAAGCACUUUUUUUCUGGUAAAGCUAGUGUUCAUGACCAUGCAGUUAGCUAUAGCUAAUUAAGAGUAGCUUCAGAAAACAAGAGGCUUGCCUUUAUAUUGCAUAUGGUAAACUUUAAGAAUUCACUGAGUAAGAGGUGCUUACCACUGAUAUAGAUGGGUUUCUGUUAGCCUUUUCUGUAUCUCCAGAAUAGAGAAUAUGUUGCUCAGAAUUGCAAGAAAGCAAUCUUUCCAAAAUCUGUAUUUGGGCUUUAUAGAGAGACCUUUAAUCCUUCAGGACUUUUUCUUUCUUUAUACAUGGAGCACUUUCAGUAAUCAGUCUAAGCCAAAAUGUUUUUCAUAUUCGACAUUAAUAGAUUAUUGGGAUGGGAUACAUAAGAACAACAAUGAUCAAGUCUGUCUGCUGGUGCAGUUUAGAUUAUCAAGAGAGGAGUUUUCAGAAUUUGCAUGUACCGGUAUAUUGCAUAUAUAUUACAUCACACAGUAUUUUGGAAGGCUCUAUUAUUUCUCUUUUGAAGAGGAGUCGGCAUUCCAAACUGAUAUUUGAAUAAAUAUUGGAAAUGCCCUACUUGAUUCAUUAAAAAAAAUGAAGCUCCACGAUGGAAUAUGAAAAAUAUUUUUCUUGUAUUCCAGUUAAUUCGAUUGCAAAGCAUAUAGAAGUUCACUAAAUCUGUAAGUCAUAUGUUCAGUGUUUGUGUUGUUCUCUUUUGUUUCUUUUUUCUUCAUCUAUAUAUUAAUUCUGCAUGAAAAAAUACCUCCCCAAAGCACCAUUCCAAAUUUUGCCUUAUCAAGUAAAUAUAUAAUAUUUUAUUACAUCUUGGUUACGCAACAUUUGGAAUUUAUCACAAUGUUGAAGCACAUUAUAAUAAUAUGUACUAUUAUCACAAUUGUAACACAUGUAGAGGAUCAUGUUGAUAUCAAUUUUAAGACAUACCACAUUUCACAUUAAUUUUUCCCUCUAGUUAUUCCAUAAGCUUGAGACAAUCCCAAUAUAUUAUCACAAGAAUUACCUGGAAUCCUCUCAUAUCUGUGCUUUGCAUAUUCUUAAACAAACAUUUUGGAAAGUUUCUUCCAAGAUCAAAAUAAUGAUGGCCAUAGUUCAUUCUGUCCCCCCUCCUAUUCUGUAGCAUUCAUCUUCCAAUUGUAAGGUUAAAUACAUACAUAUAUAAAUACAUAAAUUCAUCUUACAGAGUCAUUAUGAAAGCAUUCGUGUGGAAUGUGAAAAUAUUACACAUAGUUAUAACUGAAAGCAUUUUGUGGUUUCAUUCGUUCACUUUUAAUCAUUGGUUUUUUCCACACAGAUAAACUUAGAUAUUUAUUGGCUGUAAUGUAACUAUUAAUUCUUAAUACCAAAGUUUAGAUUCACAAUAGCACAAAUGACAAACAGGCUGCCUAAAGUGGUACAACAUUUUUUUUAUUAUUAAUUUGUGCCUUACAGAGAAGAAAAGUGUAUUAGUUCAAGGGACACAAGAUAGGACAUGGAUUUGUAUUAUGAAACUUUGUGACAGGAUGAAUCAGUGCAAAGACAUCGAAUAAUACAGUCUUGAAUUUCUGCAGAAAGCAAUUUAGUUGCUGGCAAUCUUUAAGGCAUUCAAAUAAAAUCUAAAAUAGUGUGUUCUAUAUAAAAGUUGGCACAUGUUCAGACAGAGAUACAUAGUGAAGUUAAAUUCUGAUAGGACUUGGGAAUCUGAUUUAUCAGAAUUCCCAAAUUAUUAAAGGAAAUUUUAUGUUGAUCUCUUCCAACCAAGAUUAUUCUUGUGUCAUUUGCUGCAGAAACAUGGGCUGAAUCUGCUACUUGUUGGAAAUGUAAGAAUUUUUAUUUUAUCAGAUUUCAGCACCAUUUGUUUAUUUUUAAAAAAAUCAAUUGUUUUUGUGUGUGUUGCUCAUGUAUAUGAUUUUCAGUUGUGAUUGGCAAGGCUGAACAAUUACAUUCACCUUAACCAAUCAGAGCAAAAUUAGAAGAACCACUAAAAUUCACUAGUGCAUUUUAUUUGUGCAAUAAUGAAUGUGUGUAAGAAAAUACAUUUAGGAAAAGUCCCUCUCUUAUUUAAGAAACCAUAUCUCAAUAACUUACAUAGAAGCCAUAUUGUUUUCCAUAAUACAGAAAUAAGCAGCUGGCAUAAAUCUACAUUCAUUUUCUAAUUAUGAACCAACACAUACAUCCCUGUUUUAGGUUGCAGAUUGUGCCUUAUAGAAGCAGUAGCAAUCACUACUUUUGAAUCAGCAUUAGUACUGUGCUUCUAGACAAUACAGGAAAACAUUCUUUUAGCUUUGUUUUAUAUAAAGCUAACCUCUAAAACAUGUGUUUCUUUUCAUUUUUUAAUAGCUGGCACUAUUAAUUCUAAGCAACAACAACUUUUAAAAUUGCUGGCUACUAAUAUGGCACAAGGUAAAAUGGACAGUGCAGUGACUUUUUAGAUAAUCACAGAGAUGGUCAAAAACGUGCAUUCAACUAACAGUUAACCAGGAUCCUAAGACUCCUAAUUAUUUGACUACAGCAGGGGUGUCAAACUCAUGGCCUGUAGGCCAGAUGUGUCAUGCACUGGCCACCCCCCCUCAUUUUAGCGAAGGGGGAAAAGGUCGUGAUACAUCAUAUGACAAUGAGUUUGACACCCCUUGUCUACAGCAUGUAGAUUUUUUUUAAGAUGGGCAUAUUGUGAGUAACUUUAGAUAUCAAAAAAUGUAUUAUGUGUCUCUUGACAAUGUGCUAAUAGGAUUUCUUUAUGCAGUGAUACAGCAAGUUUAUCAUGGGGUGUUCAUUUUCCUAAACCUUGUUCAUAUUUUCUACCUAACAUUCCUAGAUAAUUUUGUAUUUCUUUGUAACGUGCAUAGACCACAAAGUAAAAUAAAUAUUUGUAUUUUUUACAUCUCUGUGGUCCAGAAGGACUAAAAUGGAAUAAAGUUCAUUAUCUGGAAAUUACAUAAUUGAA